AAUUACAACAGAUAUAUCUUAACAACUAAGUACAUUUUCUUUGCUAUCUUUGAGUAUGGUUAUCAUUUUAGUGUCGUAUCAAUUUUUAUGUAUGAAUCGUUACUGUUAUUGUUAUUAUUAUUAUAAAUAAGUAAUACACAUAUACAUACACCCAAGGCACUGUGGUCAAGUUCUAUUGUCAAAGUAAUGAAAAAUAAACUUGAAAUAUAUUAUUUUCUUCCAUUUCAGAGUCAUUACUUGGAGUAAACGUCACCACUUCUUUACACGGACACUUCAGCUGAGCCAUGGGAAACUCGACCCCCCCACCUUCCCCCCCACCUCCCCCCCCCACCUUCUCCAAAAGUUCUGCCUCAAGAAUGGAGGAACGGUCCAUGGGGUACAAAGCCUACAAAAUCCAAAAAGGAGGACCAGGGACACAUUACCCUUUUGUCUUCAAUGACAUCAUGGGCCUUGAGAAGGAUGCAGGACAUGGAGCUUGUGUGGAAGACAUCAAACUGGCCAUGAAGGGACACGUGAAGGAUGGUUACACGUUCAAUCCUAUCUCUACCUUGUCUGAGAAUAACCAAGACUACAACAGAGACCCCUCUCUAAAUGACAGAGUUCAUGUUCUGGUUUGCAUCAUCCCUGGCAGCAUAGCAGGAUUGCGGGCUGAUUCUGUGAAAAAGAUGAGGGAAGUCAGACUUGCAGCCAGGGACAUGGGGAUUCCUGAAAUUGCUAUUCUCACCAAAAUUGAUGAAACCUGUCCAGAGGUCGGCAAGAAUAUAAGGAACGUGUAUAAGAGCAAGCACCUGAAGAAAAAGAUUGAGGAGGUGAGUGGCGUGCUGGGUUUCCCACCAAGCUGCAUCUUUCCUGUGAAGAACUACAACUCAGCGCUCGAGACAAGUGAUGACACUGAUACACUGAUACUGAGCGCACUGAGACGGAUGAUUGAAUCUGGAGAAGACUUUGUCAACGACCUGUAAAACUACAUACUGCUGAGGCAGGUCUUUUUUUAUAACACUAUGUAAAAAGGUCCUGGGAACAAGAAUGGUAAUUACAUGAAGUGGGUAAUGUAGCUUUUAGGUUUCAUUUCCAGCCUGUAAUGCACCAUAUCUAUACUAUAAUAAAUGAUGGUAUCUCUACCAUAAUGAGUAAAUAUGAACAGGCUUUAUUUUUUCUUUAUGAUGUUGUUAGUUUAGUUUUUUUGACUCAAGUGGUAAUUUAUCCGGCCAUCUCCAACUAAUCGAUAAUCUGAAUAUUAGCAGGUCAAAAGACAUAAUAUUUUUCUAAAGUAAAGCUUUACGUUUAGACUUGUGAUUACAUAAGCUGUACCAGUCACUGAUUAAAAUAUAUUUUCCUAUUCAA